UUCCUCCGGCGGACUAUGAUGGUGAAACAUGAAGCAGCGUCACUUCCUCCCCACGUGAAACUCUUCUUACAUAAACGGGAACAUGGAGUUUGCAGACGAGGACGUGAUGCUCGGCCAAGAGUCAGAGGAGGAGAACAGCGAAUUAUCGGACAGUGAGCUGCAAGAAGCCUUCGCCAAAGGGCUGUUGAAACCAGGGAUGAACGUUGUUGCAAAUAAACCCAGAACGCCUGUGAACAGUGUGGAGGGGUUGAAGCAAUGCCUUGCUGACUUCCGUAAAAGUCUUCCUUGGGUGGAGAGGUUGGACCUGACGAACCCGCCGGCUGAAGACGUUUUUUCCAAGGUUGAUGGGAAAGUUGAGAAUCUGGCAAAUGGAGAUGUCAACGCAGAUGAUGAUUUCCAGAGAGAGAUGUUCUUCUACCGUCAGGCUCAAGCUUCUGUUUUAGAAGCGUUGCCUCUACUAAACAAAAUGGGCAUAGCCACAAAAAGGCCCGACGAUUACUUUGCAGAGAUGGCAAAGUCCGACCAGCACAUGCAGAAGAUCAGAAAGAAGCUCCUCACAAAGCAGAUGAUCAUGGAGAAGUCAGAGAAGGCAAGAAAACUGCGAGAGCAAAGGAAGUUUGGCAAAAAGGUGCAAAUAGAAGUGAUCCAGAAGAGACAAAAGGAAAAGAAAGCUAUGAUGAACGCUGUAAAGAAAUACCAAAAAGGAAUGACUGACAAGCUGGAUUUCUUGGAUGGAGACCAGAAGACGGGUAAAGAGUCUGCUCAGGGCUCGAAGAAGGCCAUGAACAAGAAGGGCCCCAGCUCCAAGAGAAAGUACAAGGACCAGAAGUUUGGUUUUGGAGGAAAGAAGAGUGGAAAGAAAUGGAACACAAAGGAGAGUUACAACGAUGUUUCCAGUUUUCGUGCCAAAGUGGCUCAUGGCAAGGAAGGAAAAGGUGGAAAGAAAGGCAAAGGAGGGAAAAAUAAGCGACCAGGAAAGUCCGUACGCAGGAAGAUGAAGUCUCGCUCAUAAAUGAGCAGACGCUGGUCAAGAGACUGAAUUCAGACUUUCUAGGAGGGAUUUUACACAACUUCUCCUCGUGUCUGCGCCACAGGAAGACACAAUAAAAUGUAUCUGGCUCAAUGUGGAGGACUGAACCUUCACGCGGCAGAGGGAGUCGUUUUGCUGCGUUACUAAGGAAGCUUUCUGAAGGACUUCACUGAUGAAGAAAAGGAAGCAGCUGCCCGAAAUACAAACGUUUUUCCCACCUUUUAAGAUAAAAAUGUUAAUGUCCAAAAACAACUUGUAUGUUUGUGGCUGUUGUUUUGUCCCAAUGCAGGUGAGAGAUUACGCUGCUUUGUGUUAUUACCUACAACAAACUCUCGACAGUUCAUUUACUGUGUGCGCAGUUUGGUGUGAACUGUUUUUUUGUUCCCUGACUCAGCUUCUUGACGCGUUGAUUCCCUCCCGUGUGACGUGACAUUUUAUAAUAUUGAGCAGCUGUCUGUUUUGCCCUUUCCCAUUCAAUAGUAUGAUUAGUAUGUAAUGGCUGAGAGUGCUUGCUUGUAUUUUUUUCUUAGUUCACAAAGGCGGCGAUGACGCAAAAGGACGUCUGUUGGUGCAGACACUUGUUUAUAUGAAAAACGAGUAAAUAUGAACUACAUGUUCACGUUA